AUGGGAGCCGCGGAUGCAAAUGAAGGGAUGACGCCAGAGGAGGGGGCGGAGGGUCCCGCGGGGUCACCGGAGGGGGCUGCUCAGGGGGGCUGCAUUGGGGGCUGGGGGGGCUGCAGCGGGGUCUCGGAGAUCUUGGGGGGGCAGGGGCUGGGGCGGGAGCCAGGGGAGGGUCUGGGGGUCUUCAGCGGGGGUCUGGGGGUCAGCAGCGGGGGCCCGGGGGUCAGCAGCGGGGGCUUGGGGGUCUGGGGGCCCCCGGGCCCGCCCCGGGCCUUCCUGCGGAGCCUGCGGCCCCUGUUCGACAUCCUGGACGAGGGCCGGAGGGGCUACGUCCUGCUGCGGGACAUCGAGUCCCGCUGGCGGGGGGCCGGGGCAAGGGACCUGCCCGGGGGCGUACUGGACGCCCUGCGCGGGGCGGCCCAGCCCGGAGGCCGGCUCACCUUCGACGGCCUGGUGGCGGGGCUCAGGGCCUCCCUGCUCGGCCACGACCAGGGGCCCCACACCGGGGGCCCCCCCCCCCCCCCGGGUGGCUCCGGCCCAGCCCCGGGAGGCUGUGGCCGUCCCCACCAGCGUGGCCGCACGGACCAGAGGCGUCACACCAUCACCGACGGCGUGGACUACAGCAUGCUGCAGCAGAUGAGGGAGUUGGAGCGCGAGAAAGCCGUCCUGCUUCAGGGCCUGGAGAUGAUGGAGCAGAGCCACCAGUGGUACCAGCAGCAGAUACAGUUUGUUAACGAGCGCCAGAGGCAACUGGGAAAAAGCAAGAACAGUAACGACGCCGUGGAUGAGGGGAGCGUCAGUCCCCUGGGCCAGCUGCUGCCUAAGCUACAGGAGGUGAUCCGCUGCCUGGGGGAACUCCUGGCUGCCGCGUGCUCAGGAAAGGAUGUGGGGGCCUCCUUCUCCUCCUCUGGAUCGAGCGUCCAGGCUGGCCCCCUGCUCAGUGUGGCUCGCCUCGCCGGAGGAAACCCCCCUGAUCACCCCCACAACCAUCACCACCAUAUCAUCCACAUGCUUAAGGAGCAAAAUCGGCUUCUAACCAAGGAGGUGACGGAAAAGAGCGAGCGAAUCACUCAGCUGGAGCAGGAGAAGUUGGCGCUCAUCAAACAGCUUUUUGAGGCUCGCGCCCGCAGCCAUCACGAUACCAGCCAGCUGGACUCCACUUUCAUGUGAGCUCCGGGGCUGGGGGAAGAGACUCCACGUGGGCACGGCCCCCCGACCCAACACCGCGCCACCCCGAGCGGCGUGGGCCCGUCUCAGCCGGGGCCGAGCAACGGAUUCUGGGACCUGCCGUGGUGGUCCAAACUCCGGUGGGUGUCUGGGGAUUAG